AUGGACUUCCGCCUUCUGGCCCGCAGCCUCCGGGCCAGGCCAACCCCAUGGCUCCAACAGCAGACCCAGCUACACCGUGUUGGCUUCCUCACCAACGGGGUCCGCUACAAUUCCUCCACCUCAUCACCAACCCCACCUUUUAAGCCCACACCUCCCACCGACCAGCCAAGCACAGCUCCGGAGGCCGCGAAGCAAGCCGAAAAGCCGACAUCCAACCCCGACAAGUCAACCACAGCUGCCCCCGAAGCCGUCCCCCAGGCCGCACAGCAAGCCCGCAAGCCAGUCUCUGACUUCGAUGAUAUCCUCAGCAGACUUGACCUCAACAAGCCCCGAGAAGCACCCAGCAGCCAGCGCCGGAUCUUCUCAGACUCGCUUUCCCGGGCUGUCGGCGAAGGCGCACAGAGCAGCUACCGGGCGCGGUCUCGGGUGCCUCUGCCUGCACGCAAGGUCGAGCUGAAGCUUGGACCGACGCUGGGUCGUCAGGUUCAUGUUGAGCCUGAGCGUGGUACUGAUUUGGGUGGUGCGCUGCGCAAGCUUCAGGCUACUCUUUCGCAGAAUAGUGUUCGACGCGAUGCUCACGAUCAAAAAUUCCAUGUCAGAAGGGGUAUGGUGCGCAAGCAGAAGAAGAUGGCGCGGUGGAAGAAGCUGUUCAAGUUCUCAUUCCAGGGGACUGUGAAGAAGAUUCAGCGUAUGCAGGCGCAAGGUUGGUAG